CCGCGCUCUGAAUCGGGACCGAUUGCACCUCUGGGAGACAGUAAAAAUUCAAACAGAUCCAAGAAAAAAAAAGUAGACGGAGGCAGCGGGAGUGGAAGAGGAGCAGAGGGGAGGAGAAGGAGGCGCCGACGCCUGUGCGGACGUGCGCCGCUGGAGCCUGCGUGGCUUGCACCGCCAAACGCCCGCCCGCCCGUUGCCUUGUGACGCCGUCACCAGUGCUGUGCGAUCCCGGCCAUUCAUUCCGGCGGCGGACAUCAACGUGCGCUGACGUUGAGGCCGUAAGGACCCUCUGCCACUUUGAUGUGUGAGCCCAGAGAUGGCCCGACAGUGGAAGUAAGAGCAGCUGACAACUUCCUGGUUUGAGUCCACCUGACAGUCCACCAACACACCUGAGACUACAGUGAGUUGACCAUGAGGCUGCUGUGGAAGUCCCUGGACAAGAUGAGAUGUCUGAGGAAGCGCUCGGCCAUCCCCUUCCUCGGCUUCCUCAUCACGUUCCUCCUCUUUCUCAACCUUUACAUUGAAGACGGAUAUGUGCUGGAAGAAGAUAAGAGGCAGCUCAGGGAGACGUCGGCCCACCUCCCGAGCGCAGAGCGAUACGUGCACACCUUCCGAGACCUCAGUAAUUUCUCCGGAUCCAUCAACGUCACGUACCGCUACCUGGCCGGGACUCCGCUCAACCGCAAGAAGUAUCUGACCAUCGGGCUGUCGUCGGUGAAGAGGAAGCGAGGGAACUACCUCCUGGAGACCAUCAAGUCCAUCUUUGACCAGUCCAGCUACGAGGAGCUGAAUGAGAUUGUGGUGGUGGUCCACCUGGCUGACUUUGACUCCGUGUGGUGCGAGAACCUCCUGCAGGAAAUCAGCCGCAAGUUCUCGCACCACAUCAUCGCCGGCCGCCUGCUGGUGAUCCAGGCUCCCGAGGACUACUACCCGUCCCUGGACGGACUGAAGCGGAACUACAACGACCCCGAGGACCGGGUGCGCUUCCGCUCCAAGCAGAACGUGGACUACGCCUUCCUGCUCAACUUCUGCACCAACCUGUCCGACUUCUACAUGAUGCUGGAGGACGACGUGCGCUGCUCUCGUAACUUCCUGACGGCGCUGAAGAAGGUGAUCGCCUCCCGGGAGGGAUCCUACUGGGUGAUGCUGGAGUUCUCCAAGCUGGGCUACAUCGGGAAGCUCUACCACGCCCGGGACCUGCCGCGCCUGGCGCACUUCCUGCUCAUGUUCUACCAGGAGAUGCCGUGCGACUGGCUGCUUAUCCAUUUCCGCGGGCUGCUGGCCCAGAAGGACGUGAUUCGCUUCAAGCCGUCGCUCUUCCAGCACAUGGGCUACUACUCGUCCUACAAGGGUGCCGAGAACAAGCUGAAGGAUGACGACUUUGAGGAGGACGCGGUGGACAUCCCCGACAACCCGCCGGCGCGGCUCUACACCAACAUUGACGUCUUCGAGAACUACGACGCCGCCAAGGCCUACAGCGCCGUGGACGAGUACUUCUGGGGCAAGCCCCCGUCCACCGGAGACUUCUUCGUGGUGGUCUUCAACAAGUCGGCCAAGAUCAGCAGGAUCAAGAUCGCCACGGGAUCCGAUGAUAGACAGAGCGACAUCCUGCGCCGCGGCGCUCUGGAAGUCGGCGAGAAACUGGUGGGCACCAAGAAGGGAAAGCAAUGUUCCUCGUACAUCACCCUGGGGGAGUUUAAGAACGGUAACAUCGAGGUCCGGGACGUGGACCACAAGAUCGGUUUUGAUGUGGAGUGCGUGCGUAUCGUAGUGACCGCCGCUCAGAAGGAGUGGCUCAUUAUCAGAAGUAUAAGUUUAUGGACGACACCUCCGCCCAGCCAAUGAGGAAGACGUGCGGACAUGGUCGGCAACAAUUUCUAGAAGUGUAAAUAUUUCCACCCCGAUGUAAGCGUUUUAUACGUACGUAUUUAUUGAUUCGGAUUGCUAAAUGUUUUUGUUUUUAUACAAGCAAGUCUCAGAUUCUCUGAAACGAAAAGGUAUUGAAAUGAACUUUACAAAGCAUUGACUAUUGUUAAAAAGCUACUGAAUGUAAAGUUGUCGUCGUGGUUUUUACAAAUGUAUUUCAGCACCAGUUGUAAAAGUGAGAAAAGAGCGUCCGGCAUUACGCUUUGCUUUGUGUUGACAAUCAUGAAGCUUGGCCAUUUUCAGUCGAGCAAAUCUGCUUCCUUCCGAUCGGGACUCAUUUGAAGCGAUUCUCUCCAAGCCGCAACUUCAAAACAAAAUGAAUAGCUUGAGAUCAAUAUAAAAGCAUGAGUCAUUGAGAACCCGGCCCAAAAUGGCUGCUUCAAACCAAAAUGGCCGAAUUUCGACUCACUUUCAAUUUUGUCAUCAUUGUGUCCACCACGUCACUUCACACAUCCAUCCAAAUUCGUUUCGCGAAACUUUCCAAAUAUUGAACAGGAUUUUACUCCAAGGUAUUUUUCCCUAUGCAUCACCGUACGCAUCUUCUUUAAAAAAAAAAAAAAGUUGUAGUGGUUAUUAGGAAGCGCAAUACAACAGGCUGUCCUUGAGAACGCCGUGCAAUUACUUGAAGUAAUUGCGUCUUUCCAAGCCUUUCAAGACGGAUAACAAGGCAGCAAAGUGUCGCUGUGGGAUUCCCGGCAGGCCUCGUCCCCCGUUUGGCCCUUAAUGAGCUCCCGCACCGCUAAGCUACCAGGAGGAGCGCCAUCUUGAGGUUCUUGCCACUUUGGAUAUUCACUUUGAAAGCCAUCGCCACCCACUCCCCCCCACCUUUGUGUCAGCGCGUCUGCUCCGUGUUAUGUCAAAGCGGCUGACAGGAGAACACUGUUUGUUUUUUCCACUGGAGAUGAGAUUGCUCGGUGAAAAACGAGCCAACAGUGCUGUUCUUUUUUUUUUCAAUAUAAGCUCAGCAGCACAAUUUUCCCGCAGUAAAAGCUCUCUCUUAGGACAAAAUAAAGACCUUGGGAAAAGCCAAUUCAGAACCAAAUAGCAGACUUUCAAGAAUGGCUUCUUGAGACUUUUUUGUGGGUCGACUCAUAAUAGACAAGCCUACCAAAUGUCGUGAUGCUAAGUGAGACAAGCUUCAGGGUCUGAAUAAAAAAAUUAAGCAGAUAAACAACCCUGCUUUACUGAACUCAUCAAAAGUCACUGCCAUGCUCCACUAGAAAAAAAAAAAAAAGUUUCACACUUAUUAGCCAUCUGUGUACAACAUUGGAUCCGUCGUCGUAGGGUCCCGGGAAACGGUCUUAAUGACCUGAGUCUGACCUUAGCUUAGGUGGCAGUCUGAAGUCACAAUGUGGGUCAUGUGACGCAUGUAACACGUGCAUGAAGUGAUGGUGAAAUCUUUUCCCGGUCCGUGUUUUCGUACAAGACGACGUGAUAUCAUUCGUUGUCUUGACUUGCGUCUUUCUCGUUGCUGCUGUACUGUAAGAUGACGCCUAUUUAUUUUUGUACCACGCGUUGUACGAUAAUGUUGUGUUGUAAAAAGGAGCCGGAUUAAACCCAUGAAUGCUCGGUG